CUUGGAGAGUCGCUGGACUCGGCGGCCCGUGGGGUGAAGCUCUCGACUGGGACCCCGCCAUUUCGGCGCUCUGCGUGUGGCCGCGAGUCGGGCUGCGCUGCUGAGAUCCAGCGACUUCGCCUCAAGAUGCAUCCUGAUUUGUCUCCACACCUGCACACUGAAGAAUGCAACGUCUUGAUUAACUUGCUUAAGGAAUGUCACAAAAAUCACAACAUUCUGAAGUUUUUUGGUCACUGCAACACUCUUGACCGGGAGAUGAGAAAAUGCUUGAGGAAUGAGUACACGCAAAAGAGGAUUAAAAGCAGGGAGCAUGGCAAUGCAAUGAGAAAGAGACUGUUUAAUCCUCCAGAGGAAUCUGAAAAAUGAGCUGUGUUCUCACCGGAUGCCUUGGCUGAGAGAAGAUAUGGAGACUGGGUCGACAGCCACAACAAUCCCAUGUCAUUUGGUUUCCAGAAUCCUUGGACUGAAGUGACCCAUGAGAAGCUGAGCCGUGGAGAAACACGAAAAUCUGGAUUCUGGAUAUUUGGGGGCAGUCUUUAGUAACGCCUCUUCUCUGUCGACAAACCCGGAUUCCACCGUGUUGCUUCCCUUUGUCUACAGCCAGUUAAUAUUUGAAUACGUUAUCUCUUUCAGUAAAAUAUUUUCUGCAAAGCAUCA